UUCGCUGGUGGACGUCGCCGUUGUUGUCGCAGUUGUCGAAACUACUGAACUGAAUCUCUCGAGGUUUUUUUUGCAAGAUCUAAAUACAUUAUCAACAUGUCUUCUCUCUCUCGUCGUGCUUGCUACAAGUGUGGCAACGUUGGCCACUACGCCGAGGUUUGCUCCUCUGCCGAGCGCCUUUGCUACAACUGCAAGCAGCCUGGCCACGAGUCCAACGGCUGCCCUCUCCCUCGCUCGACUGAGGCGAAGCAGUGCUACCACUGCCAGGGACUGGGCCAUGUCCAGGCCGACUGCCCUACUCUCCGCCUGAGCGGCACUGCCACCGGUGGCCGAUGCUACAACUGCGGCCAGCCCGGCCACUUGGCUCGUGCUUGCCCCAACCCCGGCAACCCUGGCAUGGGCCGUGGUGCUCCCAUGGGCCGUGGUGGUUUCGUCGGCGGCUAUGGUCGUGGAGGCUUCGCCAACGGCCCUCGUCCCGCUACAUGCUACAAGUGCGGUGGCCCCAACCACUUCGCUCGCGACUGCCAGGCCCAGGCCAUGAAGUGCUAUGCUUGCGGCAAGCUCGGCCACAUCUCCAGGGAUUGCACUGCUCCUAACGGCGGCCCCUUGAACACUGCCGGCAAGACCUGCUACCAGUGCGGUGAGGCUGGCCACAUCUCUCGCGAUUGCCCCCAGAAGACCGCCAACACCGAGAUCAACAACGAGGUUGUGGACCUUAACAACGUCCCCGCUCCCUCCGUGGCUCCCAUUGCCCCGGUGGCUUAGAAGGUCCUGAUAAGUCGUCUACUGCCCUCCAUUCCUAGCCUUGCAGGGUGGUGGUGGACGGUAGACAUACACGCCCUCUUUCAGGGGCAAGGACUCCAUGAGCUGUAACAACAGGAAAAAUUUAAAAAAAAAAAAAUUACUCUGGAUUCCAGGCUGUAUUUUUGUUACGGUUUUCUUCUUUUCUAUUUCAAGUCGAUGCAACCCUUUUUCGUUGCAUAGCACCCCAGAUUGUGCUUCCCCGAUUCCGGUUCUUUUUGUUAUAUCUCCUUUUUUUCUUCUAUUCCGGAUGGUUGGCAAUAUUUCUUCUCAUCAUCGGCUUAAGCGGAGUCUUUCUUUGGCUUCGGUUCCUGUGGCGUCUGUUUAUUUUUCUUCUUCACUCUCUUAUCGCAGACGUUUUUUCGUACCAGAGAAAGGCGACGGCAAAUGCAUACAUUUUCCUGCAGCCUCACCUCCUGCGUGGCAAGGAAUGAGCGAAAUGACAGCGGCAGCAACGACGAUAUCGAAUGCGUCAAAAUUUUUCUUUUUUCUUACACACAUUUUCUCAGAAUUGAAGAGCGUCCGAUUUUGUGGGAGGCCCUUGGGUACGCAUGGGCCUCGUUCGAAACGGUUCCUGGGCGCAAUUUCCCAUCUUUCAAACGAAUUUACUUUGGAUCACAUCACUCAAAACUACCUACAUAUUACGGACUGAAACGACAAAGACGCUGUCACGUAGCUCUUGACGACUUGAGGACUUUAGGCACAUGCGAUGGAUAUACCCGUGAGGCUGUGUGUGAUGUUGUGAUGAGCUUGAAACGGCGGCGCUGCUCUGGAGGCCGCAAACGGUAACACUCGUUGUUGAUUGGUACUUGGGGCUGCAGAUCUUUGGUUUGCUGCUGGAGAGCAAUUCGGCGGCAAGUGAUGAGUGGAAGACCGUCACCUCCUAGAGUGAAUGAGAGCGCGCGCGUGCAAAGGCGGUGGAUGCAACAUGUCUUGAAAAAACUGGCAGUUUGAGGAUGCUGAGAGGAUAGGAGCCGUGCGAUCCUAUGGCUGUGCGGCAAAUGGAGAAUAUGAGCGCGCCCCCAAGAUUGAUAAAGGGCAAUGGGAUCACGGGCAUUGAGCAGUGCCCGUGCUUUCGGAGUGGUUGGAGUGGUUAGCGUGGCUGCCGGAGCAGAGGAGAGCUGGGAGAAGUGGAAGCUGCAGCGAUUCAGUAAAAUUAUGACAAGCGGAGAGGCGCAGAUGAGGAAGAUGAAGAAGAAAUCCUGUCAUGAAAUACCCUCUUUGGCGGCGGCGGCAACUGUUGACGCUGCACGAUGUGUUUGGUGUGAUGAUGAGCGUGUGUGUUUGUGUAGAUGUGUGCAUGUGUGUGUUGUUGUUGUUGUUGUUUCGAGUCGGACGAGGGAGAGAGUUGAUACGCAAAGCGACUGGCAAAGACACGCGGAAGAGGCAUGGCAGCCAGCGAGGCCAGAGAUCAACUUUUCUUAUACCCCUUUUCGCACGAUGAAACACCAAACGCCAUAUUCUAGGUAAGAGUUGAAAUAUGCAACGCCGGACGAGAGUC